AUGCAAAAGGAGAUCCUACAGGCACCCCAAUGUAAAAGGAGAUCCUACAGGCACCCCAAUAUAAAAGGAGAUCCUACAGGCACCCCAAUGCAAAAGGAGAUCCUACAGGCACCCCAAUGCAAAAGGAAAUCCUACAGGCACCCCAAUAUAAAGGAGAUCUACAGGCGACCACCCCAAUAUAAAGGAGAAUCCUACAGGCAACCCCAAUAUAAAAGGCGGAUCCUCCAGGCACCCCAUGCCAAAGGAUAUCCUACCGCACACCCAAAUGCAAAAGGAGAUCCUACAGGCACCCCAAUGCAAAAGGAGAUCCUACAGGCACCCCAAUGCAAAAGGAAAUCCUACAGGCACCCCAAUAUAAAAGGAGAUCCUACAGGCACCCCAAUAAUAAAAGAAUCCUCAGGCACCCCAAAUGGCAAAAGGAGGUCCCUACAGGCACCCCCAAUUAAAAGUAGUCCUACAAAAGGCAACCCAAUGCAAAAGGAAUCCUACAGGCACCCCAAUAUAACAAGUAGAUCCUACAGGCACCCCAAUGCCCCAAAAGAGAAUUCUACAGGCACCCCAUAUAAAAAGGAGAUCCUAACAGGCAACCCCAAUGCAAAAGGAGAUCCUACAGGCACCCCAAUACAAAAGGAGAUCCUACAGGCACCCCAAUGCAAAAAGAAAUCCUACAGGAACCCCAAUAUAAAAGUAGAUCCUACAGGCACCCCAAUCAAAGGAGAUUCUACGGCCCCCAAUAUAAAGUAG